AUGGCGGAGCCUGUAACCGAGACCCUGGAGUCUGUAACCGAGAUCCCAGAUCGUGUAACCGUGAUCCUGGAGCCUGUAACCGAGACCCCGGUGCUUGUAACCGAGAUCCCGGAGCCUGCAACUGAGAUCCCGGAGCCUGUUACCGAGAUCCCAGUGCCUAUCGCGGAGCGUGUAACCGAGAUCGCGGAGCCUGUAACCGAGAUCCUGCUGCCUGUAACCGAGAUCCCGGAGCCUGUAACCGCGAUCCCGGAGCCUGUAACCGAGAUCGUGGAGCGUGUAACCGAGAUCGCGGAGCCUGUAACCGAGAUCAGGGUGCCUGUAACCGAGACCCCGAAGCCUGUAACCAAGAUGGCGGAGCCUGUAACCGAGACCCUGGAGUCUGUAACCGAGAUACCUGAGCCUGUAACCAAGAUCCCGGUGCCUGCAACCGAGACCCCGGAGCCUCUAACCGAGACCUCAGAGCCUGUAACCGUGAUCCCGGAGCCUGUAACCGAGACCCUGGAGCCUGUAACCGAGACCCCGGAGCUUGUAACCGAGAUCCUGGUGCCUGUAACCGAGAUCCCGGAGCCUGUAAUUGAUCAUCCUGGUGCCUGUAACCGCGAUCCCGGAGCCUGUAACCGAGAUCCCGGAGCCUGUAACCGAGAUCCGGAGCCUGUAACCGAGAUCGCGGAGCCUGUAACAGAGAUCCCGGUGCCUGUAACCGAGAUCCCGGAGCCUGUAACCGAGAUCGCGGAGCCUGUAACUGUGAUCCCGAAGCCUGUAACUGAGAUCCUGGAGCGUAUAACCAAGAUCCCGGUGCCUGUAACCGAGAUCCCGGAGCCUGUAACCGCGAUCCCGGUGCCUGUAACUGAGAUCCAGGAGCCUGUAACCGAGAUCCCGGUGCCUGUAACUGAGAUCGCGGAGCCUGUAACCGAGAACACGGAACCUGUAACUGAGAUCCCGGAGCCUGUAACUGAGAUCCUGGAGCCUGUAACCGUGAUCCCGGAGCCUGUAACCGAGAUCGCGGAGCCUGUAACCGUGAUCCCGAAGCCUGUAACUGAGAUCCCGGAGCGUGUAACCAAGAUCCCGGUGCCUGUAACCGAGAUCCCGGAGAGUGUAACCGAGACCCCGGAGCCUGUAACCGAGACCCCGGAGCCUGUAACCAAGAUCCUGGAGUGUGUAACCGAGAUCCCAGAUCGUGUAACCAAGAUCCCGGAGCCUGUAACCGAGAUCCCGGAGAGUGUAACCGAGAUCCUGGAGCCUGUAACCGAGAUCCCGGAGCCUGUAACCGAGACCCCGGAGCCUGUAACCGAGAUCCUGGAGUAUGUAACCGAGAUCCCGGAUCGUGUAACCGAGAUCCUGGAGCCUGUAACCGAGAUCCCGGAGCGUGUAACCGAGAUCCCGGAGCUUGUAACCGAGAUCCUGGAGCCUGUAACCGAGUUCGCGGAGCGUGUAACCGAGAUCGCGGAGCCUGUAACCGAGAUCCUGCUGCCUGUAACCGAGAUCCCGGAGCCUAUUCCGGAGCCUGUUACUGAGAUCCCGGUGCCUGUAACCGAGACCCCGGAGCCUGUAACCAAGUUGGCGGAGCCUGUAACCGAGACCCUGGAGUCUGUAACCGAUAUCCCGGAUCCUGUAACCGAGACCCCGGAACCUGUAACCGAGAUCCUGGAGUGUGUAACCGAGAUCCCAGAUCGUGUAACCGUGAUCCUGGAGCCUGUAACCGAGGUCCCGGAGCGUGUAACCAAGAUCCCGGAGCCUGUAACUGAGAUCCUGGAGCAUGUAACCGCGAUCCUGGAGCCUGUAACCGUGAUCGCGGAGCCUGUAACUGUGAUCCCGAAGACUGUAACUGAGAUCCUGGAGCGUGUAACCAGGAUCCCGGUGCCUGUAACCGAGAUCGCGGAGCCUGUAACCGCGAUCCCGGUGCCUGUAACCGAGAUCCAGGAGCCUGUAACCGAGAUCCCGGUGCCUGUAACCGAGAUCGCGGAGCCUGUAACCGAGAUCGCGGAGCCUGUAACCGAGAUCCCGGAGUCUGUAACUGAGAUCCUGGAGCCUGUAACCGUGAUCCCGGAGCCUGUAACCGAGAUCGCGGAGCCUGUAACCGUGAUCCCAAAGCCUGUAACUGAGAUCCCGGAGCGUGUAACCAAGAUCCCGGUGCCUGUAACCGAGAUCCUUGAGCCUGUAACCGACUUCGCGGAGCGUGUAACCGAGAUCGCGGAGCCUGUAACCGAGAUCCUGCUGCCUGUAACCGAGAUCCCGGAGCCUAUCGCGGAGCCUGUAACCGAGAUCCUGCUGCCUGUAACCGAGAUCCCGGAGCCUGUAACCGCGAUCCCGGAGCCUGUAACCGAGAUCGUGGAGCAUGUAAUCGAGAUCGCGGAGCCUGUAACCGAGAUCCUGCUGCCUGUAACCGAGAUCCCGGAGCCUAUUCCGAAGCCUGUUACUGAGAUCCCGGUGCCUGUAACCGAGAUCGUGGAGCAUGUAACCGAGAUCGCGGAGCCUGUAACCGCGAUCCCGGAGCCUGUAACCGAGAUCGUGGAGCAUGUAACCGAGAUCGCGGAGCCUGUAACCGAGAUCCCGGUGCCUGUAACCGAGACCCCGGAGCCUGUAACCAAGAUGGCGGAGCCUGUAACCGAGACCCUGGAGUCUGUAACCGAGAUCCCUGAGCCUGUAACCAAGAUCCCGGUGCCUGCAACCGAGACCCCGGAGCCUCUAACCGAGACCCCAGAGCCUGUAACCAUGAUCCCGGAGCCUGUAACCGAGAUCCCGGAGCCUGUAACCGAGACCCUGGAGCAUGUAACCAAGAUCCUGAAGCCUGUAACCGAGAUCCCGGAGCCUGUAACUGAGAUCCUGGUGCCAGUAACCGAGAUCCCGGAGCCUGUAACCAAGAUCCCGGAGCCUGUAACCGAGACCCUGGAGCCUGUAACCGAGACCCCGGAGCCUGUAACCGUGAUCCUGGAGCCUGUAACCGAGAUCCCGGAGCCUGUAACCAAGAUCCCAGGGCCUGUAACCGAGACCCUGGAGCGUGUAACCGAGACCCCGGAGCUUGUAACUGAGAUCCCGGAGCCUGUAACCGAGAUCCGGGAGCCUGUAACCGAGAUCGCGGAGCCUGUAACCGAGAUCCUGGAGCCAGACAAUGCCAAGCCGGUGGCUCGAGGAGCUGCAGAGUAA